CCAAUUUCAUUUUCAGGUUAAGUACUGACAUGUCAUGUCACACUUAGUGUUUUUUUAUUCUUUUGUGUGGCUGCACUGGAUACAGGAAACCCGUGAAAAACCUGUAAAGUGGGAAAUAUUUAAGUUACUUACAUCAGAUAAAGCAUGAAAAUUAUUAUUUAACUGAUGAAAUGUGCGCUAGUUUUCGGUUAGAUCGGUUUUCCUGUAAGUUUUUAAGUAAACAAAUUAUAGGGUAUUUUGGUCUUCUGUCGUGGCCAUCUUGGUAAUUGCUUUCGGAGCGCGAUUCCUUUAGGUCAAGUGGGUAAAUGGGCGGGUUGUACAAUGAUUAAUCAAGCUUUAAGCCCCUCCAUGUAAUAUGGUGUUUCCACGCCUUCACUUUUCCGGUUUCAGUGUAUCUUUCAUCUUUUCAAGUUUGUUCUAUGCAUGCCGCUGGCUGAUUCUUCACAAAUGUCAGGUUAUCUUAUUCAUUCAUUGUCAAAAUUUAAAAUUUGAAUAUCAUUUACAAAACAAAGAUACGACUAACUAAUGCAAUCCACUUCCAUCUACAAGUAACCCACUAUGGCUUUGCACGUCUCAAAUACAAUCAUAAAGCGAUUUUUAAAAGUAAUAAAUGGUGUACGAAUUCUCCAGAAUCAAAAAUCCGUCGGAGAAUGCUUACAGAGACAGUAUAGCUCAAAAGAAUGGGAUAAUCUUACGCCAAGGCCCAAAAACAAAGUAACAAACAUGCCACCAAUGAGUGAACCUAUCAAAGGUCUACCCAGACCAAUCUAUGCCAAUUUCAAAGAAGAAGACCAAGUAACUGAAGUCACCACUCUGCCCAACGGUCUUCGAGUUGCAUCAGAAAACCGAUUUGGCGAGUUUUGCACUGUUGGAGUUGUUAUUGAUUCUGGAUCAAGGUAUGAAGUUGCUUAUCCAAGUGGUAUAUCUCACUUUUUGGAGAAAUUAGCAUUCAAUUCAACAAAGAAAUAUCCAGAUCGUGAUGACUUGUUGGCCAUUCUUGAGAACCAUGGUGGCAUCUGUGAUAGUCAAGCAUCAAGAGACACAUUUAUCUAUGCAGCAUCAGCUUAUUCUUCUGGUCUGAAUGAUGUCAUUAGGUUACUGGCUGAGGCAACUAUUAGACCACAGAUUGUAAAAGAAGAGGUGGAUGGAGCAAAAAUGGCUGUCAAAUUUGAGCUGGAGACGCUAGCUAUGAGACCUGAACAGGAAACACUUAUGAUGGAUAUGAUACAUGCUGCUGCUUACAGAGAUAACACUUUGGGACUACCCAAGCUAUGUCCUCCUGAAAACAUCCACAAGAUUGACCGGCAGAUAAUUUUCACUUACCUGAGCCACCACUAUACACCUAAAAGAAUGGUUGUAGCAGGUGUAGGUAUAGAACACAGUAAGCUAGUUGACUGUGUACAAAAAUACUUUGUUGAUGAGUUGCCUACAUGGGAAAUGGAUAAAAACCUGACUAUAAAUAAUAAACAGUUGGAUGUUGAUCAUAGCUUAGCACAAUAUACCGGAGGAAUGGUCCAGGAAGAAUGUGAUAUACCGCAAUUUGCCUCAGCCGGACUUCCUGUCUUAACCCAUGUGAUGAUAGGCUUAGAAGGUUGUUCUCAUCAAGAUGAAGAUUUCAUUGCCAUGUGUGUACUUAACAUGAUGAUGGGAGGUGGUGGGUCAUUCAGUGCUGGAGGACCUGGAAAAGGGAUGUACACUAGGCUAUACACGAAUGUUUUGAAUAGGUAUCACUGGAUGUACAGUGCUACAGCUUACAACCAUGCCUAUUCAGAUAGUGGAUUGUUUUGUAUACAUGCCAGUGCUCCUCCGACACAUUUAAGAGAUAUGGUUGAGGUUAUUGUUAAAGAGAUGGUCAAUAUGGCUGGAAACAUAACGAGUCAAGAACUUAGGAGAGCCAAAACGCAACUUCAAUCAAUGCUUCUAAUGAAUUUAGAAUCUAGGCCAGUUAUGUUCGAGGAUAUUGGUAGGCAGGUACUUGCCACAGGGCACAGAAAAAGGCCCAAAUACUUCAUUGAUGAGAUUGGGUUCAUUUUCAUAAAAAAACUGUAGGUACAUGGGACAGCUUCUAAAGUUAUUCUAUCUGAUGUUAGACAAAAAAUUAUCCGCAAUGUUUCUCUUCUCGACAAUAAUCAGAAAUCUGCUGUGGAAAUCUUAUUACCUUAUAGAUGACGCUGUAGCCUGGGGAGAAACAUGGAAGUGACAAAUUCUCAUAAAUGAUGCCAAUCUGACUUCAUUUCGGAUAUUUUUUUGGACGCCAUGGUUGGCUAUCUUCAGAAAAAAUAACAAAGGACGACAUAACCAAUGUGGCCAAACGAUUAUUGAGAUCAGCUCCAGCAGUAGCGGCGCGAGGUGAUCUCAGGAAGAUGCCUUCUUUGGAAUACAUACAAGCUGGACUGAUUGAUAGUGAAGGAAAAAUGCCAAGCGGAAGAAAGCUCAGCCUUUUCAGAUAAGUACUUUGCAAUAAAAAAGGUAUUCGAAUAGAUUUUCCUUGUACUCAAGCAAAACAGUUCCAAUCAGUGCGCUCAGAUGAUGACGCAUAUCAAUAAUAUUUCCAACUUCGGAAUGUAGGAAAGUCUCUUCUAAUGCGUUCGAUUAACUGUAUACAUUGUUAUAUUUUUUUAAUUGUACAUUUUUUCAUUUACAAGACAUCAGUACAAUGUAGGCAAGUUAAAACACAGAUAUGUUAACUAUAACUGUUUUUGUAAAUAUACAUUUAAGGAUUUUUAAUUUGUCGAUUUUAUUGACCUUCACUUCUUUUUUACUUCACAAGUCAACU